CGUCUAUACUUUAUUAUUUAAUGGCUAUUACUAUCCAAACUGCUAGAUUUGAAUUUUUCGUUUCAAUUUUGUUUACGUUUACAUUCUAUUUUAUGAACUCUAACGGUUACUGUGCACUAUGUGAAAUGUCAUGUAAAGGGAAUGUGCUGUAGUAAGUUAGCAAACAAAUUUUCCGUAUCCGAUACGAUACAUGAAGUAAUGUUGUUAAAAUUCAUGGAAUAUGAUGCUCAUUAAGUCUAAUUCGACGGGUAAAUCCAAACGUAACACGUUACCAGUACGAAUUACGGAAUGUUCAACAUGCCCAAGGCCAAAUGAAAAUAACACGCAAAAAAAAGGUUAUGAAAGGACUCAACCAAUUAGAAUAAAACAGUUACUCAUAGAAGCUGAGGAUGCCAAAAGUACCUCACGUAAGAAGAGACUGCCUGAAAGAUUGGGCCCACGCUCGUGUACAAAAUCUUCAACAGUAAAAAAGCAAUACAAUGAACUAUGUACAUAUGAUCAAUCUGUGUGUUCUCAUAACCGUGUACGAAGAAAUCUUAAUUUCAAUGAUAUUUGCUACAAUGUUCAAAAAGAUCAAAAUGACAAUAAAAACAAAUUCAAGGAAAGAAAUUUUACAAGUGGCAUUCAACUUUGCAAAGAAUCAACUGAAUCGUUGAAAAGAAAAAGUUUCCUGUUACCACCAAACAGUAUCAAAGAUAAAUAUUUACAAAAAACUACAAGAGAAGUAAAUAAUUAUGUAAAAUUACCAAUAGUCUCAAAGAAAAAUAUACCUGCUGAUACAAACUAUACAGGUCUAAGUAUUAAUAUAAAUUCUGUAGAAUGUUGUGAAAUUCCAAAUGUAAUAAAACCUGUGCCAUUUUCUCAGUGUAUAAAUUAUCAACAAGUUACAGUAAAUGGUGAAGAUCCAUUAAGUGUCCAAAACAAUUUGUUACACCAAGUAUUUUCCCAAACUGAGAUUCAUUCAAAAUAUGAUGUAAUUGAUGUGCCAAAAACUCAAGAUGAAUGUAUUGGAAAUUUAUGCGAUGAUAUGCAAAAUACAAAAAUGAUGACACUUGAAAAUGACAAUGUACACAUUAGGCAUACUUCGUCUGAAAUGCUCUGUAUAGACAAAAAUGAACUUAUCUGUCUACAGUGCGAAUUGAAAAAUCUUGUAUCUACAACAGAAGAAAACUUAAUUAAGAUAAAAUCAACGUUGUCACAUGUAACGAAAUUAUUAUCUAUUCCAGACCAAACGGGGGCAAAAUCUGAAGUCUGUGAAGGAAAACAGGGAUACUCUGAAUCAGAGAAAGUGUCUAAUACGAUGUCAGACAGAGAACGUCAAAUAGAAAUUUGUUGCAAAUUAAUAGAACCGCCAAAAGAGAAUUUGAAGUCAGAUGCUGUGCAUGUUUCACAAAAUGUUGCAGCAGGGAUACAAAGUACAAAUACUAGCAAAUCUAAAAAAGAAGAUACGACUGAUAAAGAGAACCAUAAUGCAGAUGAGAGUUUUGUACAAUUAGAAAAUGAACUUAAUAUCGCGCAUGCAAACCCUGCCGUGCAACACUGUUCUCAAAAACUUACACCUAUAAUUACUAAGUAUCAGCAGAAACGUUCCUUGAGGGAAUAUAUGGUUUUAAAGUCGAGUAUGACCUUUCUAGAAACACCAGAUGGAAAGAAAUUUAAAUCCUUAUAUCAGAAAAACGAUACGGACGCAUCUGUUUUAAGCAGAACAUACCUUUCCAAUAAAGUGCUCACAGACCUUCAUAAUUUAUAUUCAGAUUCACCAGAAUCUAUUUAA